UGAAAUAUACUUAGGGAAGAGCGAGAUGGCUGUGAAAAUAUGUGGUGAUAUAUGUUUCUAACUUAUAUUUAAGUCUUUGGACAGUUUUUACAAAAUCCCUGGAAAACAAUUACAAUCGCUUCCUUGGAAGCCAAGUUGGCGCAAAAAUUGGAAAAUACCACGAAAUAAAUGUCGGAAGAACAAUAUGGCUGCCAAAGCAAAUGAUCAAUUGAAUUCAGGACGAAAACAAUCAGAUGGCUAAUUUAAAUCAAACCGUUUCAUUCAAAGAAAACGAAGGCAACGAUCCUGCUUGUUUUCUUCCCGAAGGAAGUGAAGCCUUAUUUCAUUACAUCCAGGAAGAUUUAUUGAAUGAUUGUGAUUCUAAUUCUGAGGACGAAGAGUCAAGUGCAGAAGGGUACACCGUAAAAGUAUUUUUAAAAGCAGCUGAAAAAGGAAAAAUAGAUGUCGUUUCGAAGAUUUUAGACUCAAACGAAAGUUUUAUUAACUGCAAAGAUUGCGAUGGCUACACAGCCUUACACAGAGCUUCUUAUAAUGGUCACAUUGAAAUGGUUAAAUUACUUAUUUCGCUUAAUGCUGAUGUAAAUAGUGUGACAAACAAUAUGUGGCAACCACUGCACAGCGCUUGUAGAUGGGAUCAAACGGCAGUAGCAUAUAUAUUAUUGCAAAAUGGUGCAGAUAUCAACGCUCAAACAUGUGGAGGACAAACACCGUUACAUCUUGCUGUAACAUAUGCAAGAGGAAACUCUUUAUUAGAAGUUCUUUUGCUGAAUAAGAAAUUGGAUGUAAAUAUUGUCAAUUGUCAAAAUAAGACAGCUCUUGACCUUGCCAAACCAUUAGGUAAAGAGUCUUUAUUUGAAGUUGUAGAAGAUAGCAUAAAUGUACAAUGGUAAUUCUUUAAGUGCUUUAAGCAUCAAGUUAAAUACAAAUGUUGCAAUCAUAAUGAAACUUUA